AUGUUUCUUAAUUCAAUGUCUGAACCAGAUAAAACAGAUGGUAAAAAUACUUCCGAUCUUGAAGAUACAGUUCGGAAUCUUCGAGAAGAAAAUGCUAAACUUCUACAAUUACUUCGUUCUCAAGGACUUUUACUUGAUUCACCAAUAAAUCAAAAUGGAAAAUCUAAUGAAUCAUCAAAUCAACAACAGCAACAACAACAAGAUUCAACAAAUAUUAUAUUUGAUCAUUCCGAUUUAACUCUAACCAAUAAUUCAAUAACAACAACAAAUCAAAUCAAUCAUCAACAUACACAUAAUCAUGGACCUACAAAUCAACAAAAUUAUAAUGAACAAACUAUACAUGGUAAUCAAUCGAAUAUCACACCUAAUUUUAAUACAGUUAUUCAAACAACAACACAACCAUUUGUACAAAAUAAUUCCAAUACACUUGUACAAAAUAAUACAAAUUUAAUUCAACCAAUUAAUUUAGUCAAUUUUAAUAAUGUUAGUUUAGAUUCUAUACAAUCAUUUUUUGCUUCACAAAAUAGUGUUGUUUAUUUACCUCAAUCAUCAUCAUCGACAACAACAACAACAACGACGACGACAACGACAACAACAACGUUAUCAUCAUCAUCAUCUUCAACGAGUUCAAAUAUGAAUGAUUUAACAACUGAACAACAUCAGAUAUCAAUAAGACCAAAAUCAUCAUUAAUACAUCAAAAUCAAGAAUUAGUACCUGUUAUACCAAAAAUAAAAACUGAACAAUAUGAAAAUAUGACAAGACAGUCGUCAUUAUCAACAAAUAAUGAUACAACAAAUUUACUUGAUAAUGAUUCAAAUCAAAAAUAUCCAAGACCAAUUCGUCCGAGACCAUCAUCAAGAACGAAUUCAUCACGAGUUUACAAUUCAGUUGUUACCAGCGAAAGUAUAUCAUCAACAACGAAUACUCUUCGACCAUCAUCACCAUUUAUUAAUACAAAUUCUCCAACAAUUUCUUUAUUUUCUUCACCUACAUAUUCAUCUUCACCAUCAACAGCAAAUUAUUUAUCACAAUCAUCAUCAAUUGAUCAUCAGAUAGAUAUUCCUACACAACUAAUGCAUUCAAAAUCAUCAGAUUUAUCAGUUCCAUCUACAAAUAAUAUUUUAACAUCAUCAUCAAGUAUAACUAUAAAUAAAAAAUCAAAUAAAAAUCGUCUACGCAAUCGUAAAAAAACAUCUACAUCAUCUUCAUCAACAACCAGUUCACCACUUAUUCCUUCUGUUGUUGCUAAUCCCACUCGACCAUUAGUACCUACUCUAUCUAAUACUCAACGUACUGUGACUUCAAAUAAUCCUAUAGCAAAACGAUCAACAACAAAUAAAAAACCAACAAAACGAAAUCCUAAAACAUUAACACAAAAUCAUAGUGAAAAUGUUUCACAAAUAAAUCUUUCUUCACCACCGAAUAUAUUUACUGAAUCUAUAAAUGGUUUAUUAGAAAAUUUUGAUCCAGAAUUAAUUGCAUCGAAUUUUCUUUCACAAACAACAACUAGUAAUCUUCUAUGUAAUGAAAAUUCUUCUAAUCGUGCAUUAGAAAAAAUUGAUUUACGACAUCUUGUUAAUGGUGCAAUACAACAUCAAGAACCUUCAUUUCAAUCAACAACAACAGCAACAACAUCAUCAAUGCCAACACUUGAUGAAUUUAAUGAUCGACUUGAAAAUGAAAUACAUGAUUAUAAUGAACAUAUAACAUCAUUUAUGAGUGAAGAAGAUAUGAGACUUGUUGAAAUGAAUUUUGAUGAAAAUACAUUUUUAAAACAAUUUGAUUUAGAAGAUGCUGGAAUUAAAUUAAGUGUUCAUACAGAUCAAAAUCUUUUUGCAAAUAUUUUAACAGGUAAUAAUACUGAACAAUCAACAACACAUCAAAAUUCAUCAUCAUCAUCAUCAUUACCACCUCCUUCGGCAUAUCCAGGUUCAUCAUUAAUCAAUAAUAAUGUUUUUACAACUGUUGUUCCACUCGGGUUACAACACCAACAAACAUUACAAACAAAUACACUGAUUAAUAAUAAAAAUAAGAAUACCGAUAAUAAUAAUACGACAACAAUAACACCAAUCACAACAACAGCGAUUUUAUUACCAGAAGAAGGAGUUCAAUUGACUGCUCGUCAUAUUGAACCAAGUCAAGUAGCAACUUAUGAAUCUGCAAAAUAUCAAGAUAUUCUCGAUGAUUUAGUUAUGGUAACUGAUCAAGAUGCAUUACGUCAUGCUCAAGCAGCUGCUGAAGAUGAUCCAUCUAUUAUAUCAACUGAUUUUUCAUUUGCAUUACUUGAAGCAACUAAUGAAAUAAUAAAAAAUACAAAUUUACAAAUUGUUCAAGAACAAACAUCAUCAUCAACAACAACAUUUAAUGAAUUACAAUAUUUUUAUCCUAUUGCACAAGCACAAGAAUUAGGAAAUUGUCAAGAAAAACAAUCAGAUAUAAUUUCUAAUCAACAACCAAUUGUUAUCUUAGAAAAGUUACAAUCACAAAUCUUAACAUCAACAAAUUUAAAUAAUAAUAAUCUUUUGGAUAAUUCUGUAAUAAAUACAUCUAUAACUGAUUUAUCAUCAUUAUUACAAUUUGAAACAAUAGAUUCGCCACUUUGUCAAGAUAUAUUAAUAAAUCCAUUACGUUCAAAUAAAAAAUCUAUUAAUGAUAAUCAUCCAAUUGAUUUUGAUUCACUUUUACCACCCUUAAAAUCACCAAAUUGUUAUUCAACAACUGUCUCAGAUAUAUUACCAUUAUCAUCAAAAGAUAAUUCGAAAACUUCUACUAUUUCUCAACCUACGUCAUCCUUACCAUCGAAAACAUCUGAGAAAGAAUUGAUAAUCGAUUCAGGUUGUUUAAAUCAAUUAAAUCAUGACAAAACAACAUCAGUUAGUUAUGAUGCUAAUGAUAUUGAAGAUUUAUUACGAGAUACAAUAAAAACUGAUCAAUAUGAAAUAAUAGAAAAUCAAGGUCAAACAUUUAUUAAAACUGAUCUUGUUAUUGAUAAUGUAGAUCAAUUAAUUGAACAAAUUGAACCAUCAAUAACAAAAAUAAAUUCGAGAGUAUUUGCACAUACAUUUUAUCGUUAUCAACAAAAAUAUCAUUUAAAUCUUCAACAUAAACAUAAUAUACAGUUAAAACAAUCCUAUGAACAGUCAUUAAUUAUUUCACCAGUUAAAUUAAAACUUAAUUCAAUUUGUAAAGAUAAACCUUCAUCAUCAUCAUCACAAGAUAGUGAACGUCCAUCAUUAAAAAUAAAAAUACGUACAAGAUUACCAACAAGUAUAUCUUCAGAUGAGAAUAAAAAAAUUAAAAAGAAAAAAUCUCAUCAUCAUCACCAUCAUUAUCAUCAACAGAAAAAGAAAAAAACUCAUACAGAUCAAUCAGAAACUGAAUCUGCUGGUUUAACACGUUUUGAACAACCUCUAGCUCAAUUAUAUCAUCAACAAUCUCCUCCGAUAUCAAUUGAAACUCAUUUGAAAAAUGAAACUCAUUCUCUAUCUCCAAUACAAAAUGAAUCUCAACCAACAACAACAACAACAACAACUCUUCAUUCAGGUUUUAUUAUUGAUGAACAAGUAUCUCCAUCUAGUAUUACAUCUAUUGAACAAAGACAAAGUUCACCACCAUUAUUAUUAGAUAAUCAAAAUACAGAUGAUAAAUUAAAAUUAAAUUAUUCACAUUUAUUUAAUUAUGAUAAUAAUCAUGAUCAUCAAAAUAAUAAUACAUUCAUAACACCACCACCGGAAAUUGAUCUAAAUCCUCAACAAAGAACAAAUUCUUAUGACAGUUUUUGUCAAUUUUCGAAUAAUUCAAAUAAUAAAAAGAAACGUCGCAAUCAAAGAAAUUCAAGUGUAACAAGUAGUUCAAGUAGUAAAUCAUUACCAAAUGUAGAUUAUGCUAUUGAUACAGAAGCACUUGAACCUGUAUCACCAACACCAUUAUCAACAUCAAAACAGAAACAAAAUUCAUCAACAACGGAUUAUAAUGAUAUAUCACCACCAUAUUUUGAACAUCAACAACAAAAACAAUCGAAAGAUCAUCAUUCUAAAAAAUCUUCAGCUCAUUCAUCAAAUCGAUCAUCUAGAACAGCAGCAGCAGCAGCAUCAUCAUCAUCACAGUUUUAUCAACAAUCACGUUCAUUAUCAAAUCAUAAUUAUAGAACAUCUCAAGAACCACCAUUAUUACCACCUAUAUUACCUCCGCCUCAUCCACCAAUACAUCUUGAUCCAUAUGCACAAUCUUAUCAUCAUUUUGCUCCAAGAACAGCACCACCUCCACCUCCACCUUUUUUUAAUUUUCCAUUUCCACAUCCAUUUCUCAAUUCACAUACAACAGCACCACCACAUUUUCAUCAUCAUUCAAUGAAAUAUCAUCAUCCACAUCCUCAUUCUCAUCAUCAUCAUCAAUCUCAUGCAUAUCCUACACAUCAACAACCAUAUUCUUAUCAUCCACAUUUGCAACGACAUCAACAAUAUAAUACUUCCAAUUAUAUGUGUAAGCUAAUAGUUUUAUUAAAUUUUUAUGAUAAAGUAAAACAAAACACUUCAGGCCAUUAUGAACAUAAUAAUAAAAUGAAUACUUAUAUAAUACUUGAUGUUUGUGAUCAUAUAAACGUUAAUGAAAAGGAUGAUGGAGAAACUAUCAAAAAUUCAAUUAAAAUGUAUAUUUAUUCGAAACCAUAG